UUAAGGUACUUUAUUACAAGCCGAGGGCUUCAUAAACGCUCUCACUAGACAACAAAAUCAAAUAUCAUAAUAUUUUUGAUCAAAUACAUCAUAAAUAUUGCAACAAAACUGUAGAGAUGACUAUCAGUCCAAAAUAUUAACACAAGAAAUCACCAGUAUUGUGUAUUUAAUGAUUCACUGAGUAAAGAUAAGUAUUAGAAGAAGUUGAACAGUCUGGUUAGUUUACUGCAGCCUUUAAAACCAGGAACACUAUGUUGAGUCAUGAAGUAACAAUGAGUAUUAACUGAAAUAUUCAGUAUGAUUUUUAAGUAUUGCUAGUUUUACUUUUACUUCACCUCAUCUCAUAGAGAAAAAUCGUACUUUGCAAUAAAUACACGUGAUAUGUUAAUUCAUCAGACAGCUGCGAUUGUCGAUUAUUUACAGAUUAAAUGAUACAUUCUCCUUAAAAUUAAAAUUCAGUCAUCAUCCACCUACACACAUGUCAAUUUGAAGAUGAAUGAACUUUCCUUUUUCAGGUGAACUGUUGCUGCUCCCUAAACUAGCCUAUGUUAUAUACCAUUCUCUCAAUUGUGUAUUCUAUAUUUUAUAAAUCUGUCUCGUUUUUUUUUUUUUUACAGUAAAAUCUUAGUCUGUGAAGUGUCUGAUAGCUAAAGCUGCAGUGGGAGUACACACAGAGUACAUUUUCUAUAUUACAAGAAUAACAUUACUUAGCUCGAUUAGCAUAAAGAAGCAGUAUUUACCAAUACUUACACUUUAAAGCAACAGUUACAAUGUUCUACAAAAAAUAUAGUGAAGUACUUACUUUUAAAUGUACAUGUUUGAAUUACAUUGAGCCAAUACAGCUUUUAUAUUUAUAUGUGUUUGGGUGUCAUUAAUGUUAUAUUUCUACUUUUACUUUAUCUAAAUGAAUUAAAACCAUCUGCAGAAGUCUUCAUCUGCAAAAUACUUAAACUGAUAAAUACAUGUACGGCAGCAGAACCUACAAUAUUCCCCCCUGAAGGCAGGAGAGUAACGUUACUGCACAGAAGCUGCGCAAGUAAAUAAAUAAGCUGGCUGCUGUUCGCUGCUUCACCGCCAGGACUACAUUUCCCAGCGUCCUCCGCGCUCCAAGCAGGAAGAACGUUCUCUCGCAGGGGCUCACACUGAUCCAAGUUAGGAGCUUUCAGCUGCCAGCCUUGGCCCAUCAUGUAAGUGCUGCGGAGAAUUCUUUGCAGUGCAAUUGCAGAAUUACCUGUUUUCCCGACGGCUGCGGGGGCCGUGCACUUGUACCAGCGCUCCUUGCACGGACACGCACGCUCCGGACGCAAAAAGGCUCCAAGUGCAUGAAGAUCGAGGCUUGUAUUUUGCAUCUUUGUUGCAAAAAAAAAAAAAAAAACCCAGGCAAGCCGCUGAAGCUCCAGUGCGAGGGCGAUGGAGGGAGGGAGUGAGAAAGAAGGCAAAGUCUUUUGUGCUUCCCCUCCCCCUCAUCAAAGCAAAGGGGAAAUGUCUCAGCCGAAGGGAGGUAAGAGGAAGCCGGUGCUCAAGCUCUCCAAGGAGGUGUUUGAGCAGCCUCCUCCCGCCGCAGUACCCCCCAGAGAUUUGGACUCGAAGGCUUGUGUAACCAUCGGAGAGAAGAACUUCGAGGUGAAGGCCGAUGACUUGGAGCAGAUCGGCGAGCUCGGCCGAGGGGCGUACGGCGUGGUGGACAAGAUGAGGCACGUGCCCAGUGGCCUGAUCAUGGCUGUGAAGAGGAUUCGGGCCACAGUGAACACUCAGGAGCAGAAGAGGCUGCUCAUGGACCUGGACAUCUCCAUGAGGACGGUGGACUGCUUCUACACCGUAACUUUCUAUGGAGCCCUGUUCAGAGAGGGUGACGUCUGGAUCUGCAUGGAGCUGAUGGACACCUCCCUCGACAAGUUCUACAAGCAGGUGAUCGAGAAGGGCAUGAGCAUCCCUGAGGACAUCCUGGGAAAGAUCGCCGUCUCGAUAGUAAAAGCUUUGGAGCAUCUGCACAGCAAUCUGCAAGUCAUACACCGAGAUGUGAAGCCCUCCAACGUGCUGAUCAACACUCAGGGCCAGGUGAAGAUGUGCGACUUUGGCAUCAGCGGCUACCUGGUCGACUCCGUGGCCAAGACCAUGGAUGCCGGCUGCAAACCCUACAUGGCGCCGGAGAGGAUCAACCCCGAGACGAACCAGAAGGGAUACAACGUCAAGUCGGACAUCUGGAGUUUAGGAAUCACGAUGAUCGAGCUCGCCAUCCUGCGCUUCCCGUACGACUCGUGGGGCACGCCCUUCCAGCAGCUGAAGCAGGUGGUGGAGGAACCUUCGCCCCAGCUUCCUGCCGACCAGUUCUCCCCAGAGUUUGUGGACUUCACCUCUCUGUGCUUAAAGAAAGUUUCCAAAGAGCGGCCGAAUUACACAGAACUCAUGCAACAUCCCUUCUUCACCUCCCACGAGGCCAAAGAAACCGACGUGGCUAGCUUUGUGAAGGUCAUCCUGGGGGACUGAGUCGCCGCGCUCGCACCAGAGGGAGGAGAAGGAAAAAAAUUACACAAGAAAACCAACAAACAAAAAAGCACCAAUCGCAGCCCCCCCCUCUUAAUCUGCCUCACCCCUCCCUCCAGGAUGAGACAGACGGAGGCCCCAGAGGAAAAGCUGAUGGAGUGGAAGGAGGAGUCAGUCCUCCACCCCACCCCCCCAACCACCUGGCCAUCCACGUGACAUCACCUGACAGGGGAGGGGUGGGGGUGGGGGGGCAACACCUAAUCUGGAGUAAUUUAAGAUGUCUGUAUGCAAAAAAAAAACCCCUCCCUCUUUGGUUCGAUCAUGUCCCGCCCUCCGUGCACCGCCUACUACUCAAAUGUCAGUCAGUCGACCGCGCGUGGAGUCAAAACGUCACGGAGGUCAAACUUUUUCGUUUUCUUUUUUGCUGAAAAAGUGAAAAGAGGUGCAGAUUCUAUAAAAAAAUGGAGAAAAAAAAAAGAUGAAUGAUAUAAUGCUAUCUAUGUAUAAUCUAAAUGUUUGUAUACUCAAAGCAAGUGUUGCAUCAGUUUAUUAAUUGACUGCAUGUACAGAAUAUAUCUGUGGGUGAAUAACGGGCUCAGACGGGCCGGUGAGGAACACUCGUAGAACCUGCAGCCUCACCUUCAAGGCCCUCCUAGUGGUCACACAUAGGUACUGCACUUCAACUGCUCUCCCUCGAUUACAGCAGAGGUCUACUACAUGCCUGUGAGAGUGUGUGUGUGUGUAAGUGUGUGAGCUGGUGCAUGAUGUGUGUGUGUGUGUGUGUGUGUGUGUGUGUGUUUGUGUGUGUUUGUAGGGCUGCACGAUAUUUGGAUGAAAUAAUAAUUAUUUUUUCUCUCAGAGUUGAGGCGAUGAAUGAAAUGUGUCCUCUGCAGUCUCAUCAGUUGAUCUGAAAGAAGUUUGGGUUAUUUAUGUUCUCGUGGCCGGGCAGCGGCAGGAUUUUUGUUUUGUUUUUUCCCUUGUAGUUCUCUGGGUUUUCUUUUAAAGUUCAAAAGCAGUUUAGAUGUUUAGCCGUACCUCGCUAAAGAUGAGAGGCUAGUUUUCUGAACACUUUUUUCAGAGCGUCAGUUGGUUGCGUCGGUUCCGACUCAUUAUUUAUUUGCUUUUAUUUUUCUGUCGCUGUGUCGAGGGCUGGUCAGACGGGGGUUAGAAGAGCAUCAUUUUGAAUAGAAAUGUUUUCCUUCAGUACAAUCACAGGGACGACUACGUUUACAUGACGUAAUUUAAUGUGAUGCUUCAUUUGUGUCCACUCAGCGUGGUCGUGUGUGAAAACCCAACCCAGAGAUGCGUCUCACAUUUCAGUUGUUAGCGGUCGGCAAUCCGCUUUGAGGUGCGCUCACAACAUUAGGCCACGGAAUAACACUCGCAGCCACACAACCCUGCAGUUAAUCACAUGAUUCUGUCUGAACUGAGGUCUGUGUCAUAAUUGGAAAAUAACGCUAUAGUCAGAAUAAGGCCUCAUUGUAGAUGUAGACUUAAAAGACCUGCAUCAAAUUGGGAAUAACAGUGAAAUAUCGCAUGCAAAUGUAUUGAACACCUCCUCAUGGUUUGUGUCUUCUCGUAACGUUGGAACCUUUUAAUUGUAUUUUGGUUAUAUAAAUUAAUUACCUUGAUUCUGCCAAUAAAAAAAAUGAUUAUGUUGCUCCGGGGUUAAAUUUGUUAAUGUGCAAAGUGCAGAACGUGUGAAUAAGUUCCUGUUAGGCGAGAGUACAGCGACGUCUGGCGGCCACACAUUUGGCGGCAGAAAUACGAAGUGAAGCGAGAAGGUUCGAAGCCUGCGACACCUCUACUGAUCGGUCUCUCAGAGAUUACUUUCAGUUCAUUUAUAAAAAAAAGUCAGUCACACGUCGCAUCAGUUGUAACGCUGUCUCGACACAACCUCGCGACACACUAGAAGCGAGUGGUUGGAUGCCAGUCAGCGACUGCAAUGAGACUGCACAGAGGUGCUUAACGAGGUGAAACUGAGGUUGAGUUCCAAUGAAUCCUGCAGCCCUGCCUGACACACACACACACACACAAACAAACACACACACACACUUCAAAGUGAGGUGUGUGUGUGUGUGGAUGCUGUGGUCAGUCGUGGGAGAAGAUUGCCCACGUUCUCCUUGUUGUGUGUACUGAGCCAAUCACAACCCUCUCCACUCCAUGUUCCACAUGAGAAGAACUGGAUAUUAUGACUAUUAUUAUUAUUAAUAUUAAUAUUAUAUGAAUUAAUUAUUGUUGUUAUUAUUAUUUAGAUCCAGGUUUGUUUGUUUCAUUUUGUUUUCUCCCCGGAUAUAUUUACUGCAGUUUCUCUUAUUUAUUACGACUGCUGAUCUCCUUCUGAAGACUUGACCGAUCCAUCAGAGACGAUAUGUGUGUGUGAAUGUGUGAGUGUGUGUAUUUGUAUGUGUGUGUGUGUGUGUGUGUUCCCGUCGUCUUCUUCUUCUUCUCUUUGGCUCGAACACGUAACAAUGCUUCUGAACUGUAACUCGCCUUCUAUGUGCCUCUCAGUAGAAAAAAAAGGAGAAUAAUGUGUUGUCCUGAGGACGCUGCAGAGACCUCUGCCUCUCCCUCAGCCUCCCCCUCCACCUCCCCCUCCACCUCCACCUCCCCCUCCCCUCGCAUGGCGUCCCCUUCCCGUUUGUGUUGUCGUAGACGGAGCUCCACGUUGUCAGUAUUUAUUCUGCUCCCACACGUUUGUACUCAUCUGUCGUUGCCUUGGUUCUUGGCUCUUUUGUUUGGUGUUUUUUUUUUUUUUCAAGCCGCCAACACCUUAAGUUGUUAUGCAAGUACUACUCUAAUGACUAAAUGGAAACUUGAAUACGGUUUGUGGCAGGGUGGCAGGAGAACAUUUACAUCAUCUUGUUGCCCAUAAAUGUUUUGUUGCUGGAUUAUCGCUUGAUGUUUCUCUGCGCCUGUUUCUGUCUUCAGUCCACUUUCUGGUCGCUGUGGCUGUGCUGGAGUUGUCUUGAUUGCUGUUUAAAGGCUCAAUCUGUGACAGGAAGCAGACUUGGAAGACCCCUAAAUGACUUUUUCGAAACCCAAGGAUGCUGGCAGUAAAGUAAAAUCAGAGUCCAACCACGACGCCCAUUUGCGUUUCCAUUACCAGUUUUACUUUGCUGAGUUGUACCGAGUGACACCCAAGAUAGACCCUCGGCAGAAUGGCUUGACUCAACUCAAAACUUAAGAGAGAGUUUCUUAAAAGUCUGUGGGUGUUCAUCUCUCGGUCUGUGGUUUGAGGUUUAGUGUCUCUCCAGACUCCCUGUUCAAACUCUCAGAUAUCAGCCUUAUUUGAGUGUUUCAUCGUGCUCGCUCUCAGAAAACCCAACAUUUCCCUGAUUUUGCCACUUCAUAAUAAAAGGUUUGAAAUAAAUAACAUGGGACUUUUAUUGUGAAGAGUUCAUAGGAACUAAGGACACCUCAUUUUAUUUUUGGCCACUUGGGGUCAGCAGAACGAGCUGCAAACACGUCGUUGACAUAGUAUCUUGUAAAAAUGUCCUGAAACACAGAGUAACUAUAGUCGUGACACAAUCGCAGAUUGAGCCUUUAACUGACCACACUAGGUUUUUCCCUGCGUUGCGUUAACAUUUGUUCUAUUAUAUUAAAACAACAAUAUUCCGUCAUUCAAAUCCAAACUUCUGUCCUCAGUCUGCUCUGUCAUUUGAACACCUUCCCCACACAGUUUCCUGUUUUGUAGCAGGCUGCCAACCUUUUCCUUUCACCCUUCACACGGUGAUCUGCUCCCCCGGCUGGGCUCAGCUCCCACGGCCUUUAGCUCACUACCCUCCAGGUGACUCCUCCGCGAGUCCUUCUCAUAAAGCUUUCUCUUCACCAGCCGCACUAAACCGUCUCCCUCCUCCCUCCUCCAUUAUGAACCUCCCGUCGCGGUUACAGAACAUUUCACCACAGCCGCUUCUGCUGCGCGACGCACCGUGGACGCAAUCGCAUUUUGCCAUUUUUGUGCAACUCUUCCUUUAAGGCAGAACUCGCUGACAGCCGCCGUAAUGAUGACAAAGAGCCCCCUAAUUUGUACGUCUUGUGCCCAGGAUGGAAAUAUACACUUGAGGAACUUUAAUUGCAGUCAGUGUUCUAUUGCAUGAUGAAAUUAGUUAAAUUCAAGUCACACUUUUCCUCAUUGGACUGUCACAGGUUCUCUGGAAAAUACCCUGUGGAUGUCAGGGCGAGUUCUCUCUGUUUGUCGGUUAAUCACCAUCAUUUUCACAAAAAUGACCAAAGAGCUGAGGUAGAAAAGCGUUGGAGGAGGAGGGCGACAGUGUGUGCCGCCGACCUGUUGAAAAUAACAAGAUUCUCCCUUCUGUUUUCCUGUGGCAGCGGUGUAGGUGUGUGUAGUGUUUGUAGGUCUUUAAGUGCCUGACGAUGCAUUUCUGUGGUGAACAUUGACAUUGAAACACUUUGUCUCCGUCUCUGUGAACGAUUGCUUAAACACUGUUUUUGUCCUUCACGUCCUCCCCGGGGACACACUGACACUGCAUGUUGCUGUGAUGUUUUGCACUGUACCGAGGAGCCAUAUCACAUUGUCAUGUUGUGUUACUGUAAAAAAACAACAAAAAAAAAGCACGGUUCUGACCAUGAAAAGUUGCAGUCCAGAUGUGGUCGCCGUUUCAGUUGCAGCAAAAUGUUUCUGGUAUUUUUUUUUUUUAAAGAGAGUCUGGAGUCACGAGGUUCUGAGUUUUUUAAAUGAAAUCAGAAAACUGUAAAUUCUCAACUGCUAUCAGUGUUUUCUUCACACAAAGAGACUUUUAUUUUGUUUUAAAGACGCUUUGUUGUUGCUGCUGUCUGCUACUAAUGUGAAAUAUUGCUCACUCGCGCCACUAGUGGACAAAAACUCCACAGAGUUCCUUUAACCUGAGAGAGCGGCAAAGAUCCGCUUGAAAUGAACCGAAGCUGUGUCACACUUUCAUCCUAAAAUAUAUUGUGGUGUUGAACUAGAUGUUUGUGUCGCUUGUACUGUGGCAAACAGAUUCAAUUAAAUACUUAAGUUAUUUGUCCCACAAGGCCAUGUGUAAAAAAAAAAAAAAAAAAAGAACCGGAAACUUCUCACAGAUGGAGAGAUUGUAAAGUUUUCUCUGCUCCAGUGAGCUUUCAUAACACUAAACAAAAAUAUGAUGUACAGCAUUUCAGGGAAAACAUUUUCUUUUUUUUUGUAUGAUUAAUGUGCAGCUGGGAUAAAAUCUGCAGAUGAUAAAUGUACAUUAAGUUAAUUAUCAUAAUUAUUUACCUAAUUUAAGUAAAUACCAACUGCAUUGUAUUCAAGUAAGAAGUAAGGAGUUGUGAGGGUCGUUGUACUGAAACGUGAGGCAACGUUCCGGCUGUUAUUUGAGAACUUGCAGUAUCCUUAAAUAUAUUUUGAAAAGGGGGGAAACCAUUUGCUAAAAUACUUCACAUUGCUGUUUAGUCACAUAGUAACUUUGCCAGAAUGAAAUGUUGUGUUGUACAUUCCAGCCUCCUCCCAAUGAGGACCUCUUACACCUCCUCUCCUCACCUCCUCCUUUGCUACUGUAAUAAUUACUCCAGCCACUAGAGGUCACCGCCUGACAAGACAUGUCUUUAAUAGUCGGUCGUUUUAUGUUGUUUUUCUUAGGAGGAUGCGCUUCUUUACUUCCUGUUUUUAACCAACAAAAGCGGGUCAUUUUAGCGACAUUUUGUGGGGAAGAAACUGGAUAUUUUUAACAUGAUUUUAAUUUUCUUGUUUUGCGAGUGUUUUUUGACCUGACCUGAGCUCAGUGUUCACAAAAUGAAAUUGAAAAUGCAACUUUAAAAGUGCACCACUAAAAUGAACUUAUUAUGACUAUGAUUAUUGACAUUUGUUGUGUGACUCUAGGACUUUUAAGUGGGCGAUACACAUAUUCACCCAACUGUAAUGUACAUGCCUGGUUUGCUGUAAACAACUACAAAUGUCAACAUGUGGUUUUAAAAGUACAUUUUAAAGCUCAUGUUCGCUCAAGAGCUCUGUAUCUGUUCAGUUACAGGCCUGUGAAAAUAUGACGUAGUGCCCCUUUAAAAUUGAAAGGUAAAGAAAUGUGAAACUUCAAGAUAUCUGAGGUUUGCAGAAAUGUACAAUACCAACAUUUACUCUGCCAUCUGGGUCAAACAACUCAAGUAUUUGCUGCACUCAGAACCUCCUGACUCCUCGCUCGCUGCUCAUUUCUCCUGCUCAACACUUCUGCUCACAGUUGACUCAUAUUCAAUUUUUAAACAGGCUGUAAUGAGAAAAGAGUCGAGUCUAAUCACUCAUCACAUGGCAUUUUUCUGUGCGUGCGUGUGUGUGCGUGUGUGUGUGUACGUUCGGCCAGAGGGCAGUGCUAUCUUUACCCUGCUGCUCCUCUCUGUGGAGAUAAUGAAGCGAGUCACACAGAUAAAAACAGUCAUCACCCUCCUCCUGCUCCCGAAAAACCUGCAUCCAGGAAAAAAAAAAAAAAAAAAAAGCUUCCCUUCUGUUGAUUCAGCCUCUUCACACUUUGGGCUUUGUGUUAUUCUAUGUGAGCGCUCACACACGUCUCGCCCGCAUGCGUGGGAAUUCCCGUCCGCGGGUCUAUUUUUGCGGCUCGUGCUCACCUGCUGAGUAAACCCCUCUUGUCGCUGAAGGGGCGAACGUGGGGCAGGACGUCCGAGUGGAAACUGUCCUUCGCGGGGGCCAUUUAUUGUCACAUCCCAUCGCGACUCCCCCUCUUAACCUCUGAGUUUAUCUGAGCGCCCGACGACAGGCACAUAUUUCUGGAUGAUGCAUCUGUAACAUCCAGUAGGCAAGCGGCUGUUACUGGAACAAGCCGCUGCUCUUUUUUUUGUUUGUUUUUUUACAAGUGUCUGAAGGUCAGAUACGGAUUUGAGGCUUGAGAGAGAAUCAGAGGAAGUUCAGCUCACCUUCCUCCUCAUCCUCAAAAUGUGUCAGCGGGGGAAUCAAAGAUAUGGUGUUGAAAAAACGCUUCCGGCCCUUUACAGAUUUGUGUUCCCGCCAGGUUAUAUUGAGUGUAAAUCUGUUGUUUUUGUGUGUGUGUGUGUGAGCCGUGAUGAGGUUUUUUUCUUGAAUGCUCCCCCCCCAUCUAUCGCACGACACUUUCCUCGCUUCGAGCGUUCUCGAGGUCGUCGACAGCGACCCCGACUUGUGAACCGUGGAGCUUUUUUUCUGUCUCUCUGUCGCAGGUGGUAAAACUGCUGGUACACGCAGCUGUAUGUGACUUCUGAUGUUGCGGUGUUGUGUUCUUUUAUUCGGGGCGGGGGUUGAUUUUUAUCGGAAUAUCCAGAGAUGCUACUGUACGUGGACGAGGGUGUUCGGUUGCUGUCGGGUGGGUUUUCUGGGGGGUGGGAGGGUCAGUGCGGCCUCAGCGCCUCGUUCCUCCCCUCCCCCCACACGGAAAGUGAAGUUCUCAGUAUAUUUACACAUCUCUAAAGCCUCUGCUAAAGACUGAUGACUGUUCAUUUAGAGCUCAAUGAAUUUCUACAAAUAUUUUAGAUUGCUCAAACUGAUUAUGUGCAAUUGUAACGAUGGAAAUUCAAUAAAAAAGAGGUAUUUUUACACAA